AUGGUGAAGUUGAACGAAGUAUCACCUAUUCAUUACAACAAUACAAGUGUUCGUGAUUCUCAAUCAAGUAGCAUCAAUAUAGAUCAAAGUUCAACAACUCAAUCACGAACAUUAUGGGAACAAAUUCGAACAAGAAAAUGGAUGCGGAUUGUAUUACCGAUUCUGGUCAUUAUUUUGAUUAUACUAAUUAUUAUUAUUCCCAUAAUUAUUAUGAAAAAGAGAAGUGGAGAUACAGAAAAAACAUUAUCAACAAAAGCAACAGCAAUAAUAACAACAGGAACAGCAACAACUACAAUGAUAACAACAGCAACAACAACAAUAAUGAUAACAGCAACAACAACAACAACAACAACGACGACGACAACGAGCGGUUCAUGUUUGAUAGAUUCUGUGCUAAUAAGUUUCAAGCCUUUACGUGGUCCGUCCAGCUUUGUAUUAUUAGCUGAUAUUAAUGAAGAUACCAAAUUAGAUAUUAUUGUCGGAAACUAUGGUGAAAAAACUAUUAUAAUAUUCUUAAAUCUUGACAAUGGAGCAUUUACUCAAUCGAAAAUUGUUUCAAAUGAAAUCAUACCAUCGUGUAUAACUGCAGGUGAUAUUAAUAAUGAUGGCAAGCUCGAUAUUAUUGCUACCGAUAGCGAUGCAUCGGGCAUCACUGUUUUUUAUAAUGCUGGCAAUGGUAAUUUUAACAAUUCGAUCAUCAUUCCAACAGAAGCAAUUCUAUCUAUCGUGAAAGCAGAUGAUAUUAAUAAAGACAAUAAACUUGAUCUUAUUGCCGUUCACUCGUAUAACUAUAUUAUCGUUUUUUUGAAUGAUGGUAAUGGCGUAUUUAGUAAACAAAUCGAGUAUGACGCUACUUUUAAUCCAACCAAUCUGGAAGUAAUUGAUGUAAAUAAUGAUGCUUCGCCUGAUAUCAUUGCAACACAAACUGGGCAAAGGUAUGGAACGCUUGUAAUUUUAAAUACCAAUAAUGGAAAUUUUACCGAGCAAAUGCCUAUUUCGCUUGGCCAAAGGCCUGUUUCCAUUAAAGCUAUUGAUAUAAACGAUGACAAUGAAAUAGACUUCAUCGUGGGAUACGCUUAUGAUUUUCAGAUACAUUUCGGUUUUGGUAAUGGUACAUUCGCCGAUCCAAUUCGCUGUCGCAGUAAUUAUCAAUUGUUAUCUUUAGAAAUAGCCGAUUUCAAUAAUGACCAAAAAGUGGAUGUUAUUCUUUCACAUAGUAAAGACAAUAAAAUUAGUAUUUUUUUCAAUGAAGGUAACGGAACAUUUAUAGAGCAAAAAAUUAUUGAAAACAUUGACGAACCAGAGUAUGCAGCGAUGAUUAAUAUUAAUAGCGAUGGUAAACCAACACUUGUUGUCGCAAACGAUCAAACUAUCAGAACACUUUACCUUCGCUGUUAA